GGAAACUCGGCCAUGAUGGCUGCUUUUGGCUCCAUGGUAGUAGCAGACGCACCCAGGCAGCAGAUGAGAAGCCACCACAUUCCUGCAGUCUACAUCCCCAAUGCCAGACACCCAAAGGGUCAGCCGUCUGACACCAUGGCCGCCUGGGAUUUGUGGGACCGCUUGGAAAGGGUGGUGCAGAAUGACAGCCACCUGGCGGGAGAGAUGGGCUGGAUGGAGAUGCCUUGGGACUUUCUGACGAUCAUCAGGUUAUAUCAGGUUGAUCUCGGAUUUGAGGCAAAAAAUGUUGAGGAAAAGAGAAAUUGGGGCAUUGCUGAAAACACGACAUCAUUUCUCUGCUUCGGCCAUGUUGAGUUCCCCUUGCAAGGCGAGCCUGCGCUGUCCAUCCGAGGCUUCAUGUCGGCCAACGAUGAUUUCCAGGCCCUCAAAACGGCCGUGCUGAAGCAAGGCGAUGCCCUGCCGGCGCAGCGCCAAUAUGCUACCCUGGCCUGGGACUUUGUGCUGGGAUUUGCGCAGAAGAAGCUUGGAGUCGGCCCGGUGGUUGCGGGGCUCUUGGCAGACCCAAAUUUCAGACACGCCUAUGCCAGCAACCCAGAGUUUCGGAAGAAAGCCACUGAGCUGCAUGCAGACGUGCAGAAGGCGCUGGCCGAGGUGGACGCGGUGGAAGACGUGAAAGCUCCAAAGCCUGUGGAGCCACCCAAGCCCAAAAUCUCGGGAAAGGAGGCAGUGUGGCCAGACUGGGAGGCCCUGGAGGCGGCGGUGCGGCUGGAUCACUUCAUGGGUUCCAACGAGGAGUUCCGCGUCUUCCGCCUGGCCGUGCUGGUGGCCCGGCAGGGCGGACGGUGGUCUUUGGCCGCCGACCCUGUUCAAUUGGCAGCUCAAGUGGCCCGUGCACCGUUGGUGUGGCAAUUUCUCGUGGGCUUCGGGGAAAAGAAAACCUUGUACCGGUCACAGAUGGCUGAAGUCGUUGGAAUCCUGCGGCAAGAGAAGGGCUGGGAAGAAAGCUUAGAUGCCAUGCGCCCCCAGAUGCAGGAUCGCCUCAGAGCCCUUCCGGCCAUCCUCCAACAAGCCCUGGGCGCAGACCAUGCAGAAGCCGAAGAGGCCUCCAACGCGGCGAGUUUCAGUCCAGACGUGGAGCUCGCUUCGCCUAAGGAGGACAUCGGCUACAGCAGCCCCAGCUUCGAAUCCUUGGAGGAGCGCUUGAAGUCCAUGAUGGGAUUCAUGGAGGGCCUGGCCGGCAGUGCUGAGCCAGCGCCGGACAAGGCAGAGCAGGAACGAUUGGAGGGCUUCCAGCUGCAGGAAAUGGAGAAGUUGCUGAAAGUCACGGAACCGGUGGAGCCACCAGCUGCGCCAGCGGUGCAGCCGGAGCCUGCAAAGCCGAUUCCAAGAGCAGCCACAGAGCCUUACGAUAAAGCAGCUGCUUUAUUGGAGCGAGCGUCAACUCUUGAAGGUCAAUGGCCAGUGGUAGCACACUACCUGCAAGUCUAUGCCCUGGAGCUGUUGAUCACUGCAAAGCAGGCUGGUCAGUCCAGCCCGCAAGCUGACAACAUGAUGCUGACAGCUUUGCAGGCAGCUGAACUCAAAAAGGGCCAGCUGGACCUGACGAGUGGCCCGGCAAAGGCUCAAGAAUUUGUCCUCAAGGUCUAUGAUGCUGCAGUUGCCUCAGAUUCCUUGCCAAAGUUGUUGGAUGCCAGUCUCUACUUGGAGUCCUUGUACCAAUUCUAUGGCGCUGCCCGGCCAGUUGAGCUGACCAACAGGGCAUCCUACGCACAGCUUCGGGCUGAGUAUUUGGCCAGCUGCCAGCAACAUGGGAAAUCACCUGCAGCUGCAAAACCUCCUGCACUGCCUGUGCCCACCCUCCCUGGUGCAUCCACUGCCAUGCCAAAAACUGCAGCAGCACCACCUGCUGCUCCAGCACCGGCGGCACCUGCGACAGCACCUGCGGCAGCACCACCUGCUGCGCCAGCACCACUUGCGCCAGCAGCACCUGCAGCACCAGCAGCACCUGCAGCACCAGCAGCACCUACAGCCAAAGCAAAGGCAAUGCCACAGACGAUUGCCCCCGAGAUAGCUGGGAUGCCACGAGCCAAACGACAAGCUGAAGCACGGAAGAAGACUGACCAGGCCUCGAGUGCCUUGAAGGCUGGCCAGGACGAGAGCGCCAGAGCCUACAUUAGGGAGGCACUUGGUCUCCUGGAAGGCUUGUGA